ACAUUUCCACCAUACAUUGAUACAUCGGAAGAACUUCCAGACCCAACCAAUGUUGAACUGGAACGUUUGCCCUUCACUGUACUGUUUAUGUCAGGACCAUGCGGAACCAUUGACUUCCAAACGUCUGUAUCUACCCGGACACAUUUUACGCGCCCCGUUGUCUCUCCGCUGCACGGGGCGGCAGUUUAUUUGGAAGAUGUCUCGUGCAGGUUUGAGCUGCCCGGGCUGCGGCUCCUCCAACGUUGUAGACGAUGAUCUGUACUGUCAGGCCCAGCUGGUGUGCGUGGACUGCGGCUCUGUGGUGUCCGAAGGGGCUUUGGCCGACGACUACGUCGGAGAUACAGAAAUCAGCUACAGCCGAACCACAGCUGUGGCCAAAAAGCCAUGUAUGAACCUGAUUAAAGGUCUGCAGCGUGUGAAAGCGAUUUGUCGGAUUCUCAGAGUUAACGGUGAGAUUGAGAAUCUUUCGCAGACUUAUUACAGCCAGGCCUAUCAGCAUGUGGGUUUCAUCAGAGUGAGCCUCCAGAAGAAAGAGGUUCUUGCUGGUUGCUGUGUGCUUGUAAGCUGCAGACUACUUAAUUGGCCCAUAACCAUGGGAACAAUCAGCUGCCUGUUGGAUGCCGACCCGAUGGUGGUGGGAGUGAUUUACCAAGAGAUGGUCAAGAUUCUUAACAUUGAGGCUCCGAUCUUUAACAUCGCCGAUGUGAUGGAGGCCCACAGUCAGGAGUACCAAAUUAGCUCACUUCACGUUCCUGAAGAAUUGUCUGAGAACUCCAAGGACUUAGCGAAACGUGCUGUGGCCUUGGUGGAGCUGGCGGCAGAUUCCUGGAUUGUGACUGGCCGUCAACCCAUCCCGAUCAUGAUGGCGGCAAUCUAUCUGUCCUGGCAGUCCUUGAAACCCAACAAGCUACGCCUGAAAUUCACUCUGGACAAAUUCUGUCAGAUUGCCAAAGUGAAUAAACUCAAACCUGCCAUGAAGAGAAUAACUGAGUUGAAGGAGGUGCUGUGCAAGCUGGGUAAGGAGAUUCCCUGGGUCAACGAAGCGGUGACACCAGACAAUGUUGUCCGGCAGGUGGAGGAUAUUGUAAAGCACAGGUAUGCCCUGCUAAGGAGGGCUCUGAGAACGCACCAGGACGCUCUGCUGGCAGAGUGUCAGGCCAGCUGUGAGGACUCUCUGACUGAGGAGUCUGCUCCCUCCCAAGAGCAGAAUUCAAAUGCAUCCUUUUUGCAACAAUGUGAGCUAAAUGCUAAAAGGGGCCGGCGAGAUGGAGAUGAUAAUCCAUGCACACUGCCUGAGCUGCACAGUGACACUCAGGACAACCAAGGUCCAGCACCAAACUGGGGUAAGAGAAUGCUGUUUGCUCCCCCGUGUGUGAUCCAUGCAAAGAAAAGGAGAGUGGAGCAGCGUGUACUCACCGAUGUAACUGGUGAUGAGGAAAUCUCCGAUAGUGAAAUUGACUCGUACAUCCGCACUCCUCUGGAAGCUCGAGAGUUUGCUCGGACACAGAAGAUGCUUUCUGAGUGAGAAAACAUAACCCGAUGUGCAUAAAGACCAGACUAUUCUAAUAAGGAUGCAGGUAUUUUUCAUUUCUACAAGAUUUCGUUCAUAAGAGAUGCUACAACCGUUUUUAUGUAGUUGUAUCCAGUAACAGAUUGGAACUGUGUUUUGUUUUUCCUGAUUAUACUUGGUUCACUUUUAAAUAAAGUUUUGUUGAAGUGGUUAAACAUUUUAUUUUGGACACACCACAUGAUGUGCAAUCAGUGACAAGAGUAAGGAUCUCCUCUUGACAAACUGUGAAAUACUUUUCUUUUAAAAGAAGUAUAAGAAUAUAUUUUUGUUUUUGCACACCUCCCGCAUUAAAGUUGCCUAUAGGAAAGCACAUACCUUAUUUUGUUUUGUUUGUUUUGUGCACAUUUAGACCAACAUUAUUUUUUAAUAUGCUUUUUUCACAGAGGACAUUUUGACAUGUAAAUACAACUACUGAUCGCUGCUUCAGUUUAAUAGUCCUGGUACUGUGCAUGCUGGCUCACUGUCAUGGAUUACUGGGACACUUAGAUAGGACAGAGCCAUCGUUAGUGUUAUUAGUAACACCUGCGCUCUUCUGCCGGCAGAAAGGUCUAUUAUGCCGAGCCUUCAAUGAAGCCUUCCUCGUGUUGUAUGUACUUAUCAAUGAGUCGUUUCAUUACACCAAAAAAUUCACAUCAGCCCCUGGGAUUUCAUAAGUUUAAUAUUUUAUUUUGUUCCUGCAAGCGCUGAGGUAUUUUUGUAUGUGAUCUAGGAUACUAGA